GCGACUCGAUGCUUCGGACAGUCAGUCUACUGUACUGCUCUCUGUGUGUUCUAGUGAAGUCCUAGAUCAGCUUUGAAGAUGUUCAAGUUGCUCGUCCUUCUCGCCUUGGUGGCCUAUGCCUCGGCCGGCGGUCUCUACUCGAGCCUCGGCUCCUACGGCUACGGCAGCGGCUACGGAUACGGUUACGGUCUGGGAGGAUAUGGCCUGGGACACGGAGGCUCCAUCGUCAGCUACGCGCCGACUUAUGCUACCAGCUACGCGAACACCUACAGGCCAUGGAGUCCGGUCUACUACGGAAGCUACCCGUCCGCGAAGCGCAUCCUUUACUCCAACCCCCUGAAUAAGCUGGCCUACAACUACCCAACCUACCUGGGCGGCUACGCGGCCUCCUACUCGCCCUACAGCAGCUACUACAAGUACGGCGGAUACGGUCUGAACGACUACGACUACGGUCUCGGCCACGGUUACGGCGGAUACAGCGGAUACGGUGGAUACGGUCUCGGCGGCUACGGCGGAUACGGUCUCGGCUACAACAGCUACUACAACUCCCUCGGGGGCGUCAGCGCCUACGGACACAACAUCUACAACCACUACAACUAAGAGCCUGCCGGACUCGGGGAGGACGAGUACUUAAUCACACACCAAAAAUCAACGAGUCAACAUCGAUCGAUUGCUUUACCAUGUCUAUGUAUACACAGUGCGCGAACGGCAGUGGCGAGGCCCGAGUUUCGAAACGGGUACCUCAGACUUUUUUUUUAUAACUGAAAUUUUUUUACUUAUAUUUAUAUACUUUAUUCGACGUUUCGAUGACGGGCGACGGGUUCGCGCGCGUGAGCGCGUUUCUACCAGUAUUUCUCGAGAGAGAUCGACGAUUAUGGGCUUUUCUGUACACUCUAUACCUUGUAUAUUCCGCAACUCGAAUCCUUCGUUUCCGGACACUUUUACGAAUCCGAGACCCGCACUUAUACAUCAAGGUCCUCUCGGUCUCUCUAUAUCUAUACACUCACACACGCGUUUACUUUUCCUAACGGCGGAAAACUCGAUUCUCUACUUGUGAUCGCGCUGUACACCGUCGACUCGGAUGUAAAUUUUUGUUUAAUUUCAUGUCGAGUCGGAGAUCCGUGUACUCGAGGAGAUGCUGCUAAUGAGUUUGGAGAGAUCGGAACUCGGUGUUAACAGUGUCGCCUCGACGCUGCAAUUUUUUUCUUUUGUAUUCGAGCUUGUAAAAAUGUCGCGGAAAUCUGUCCUGAUGCAUGUAUUAUAUACGAAAAAAAACAUACAUAAAUAAAAUUGUAUUUUAUUAAUU